AUAAACCAACAUUAUGUCCAAACGUUGAUUAUUGGCUUUUCAUGUAGCUCUUGUUGAAGGGAAGGUCAUCUCUUUGCAUUUUGAAUUCAGCACAAACUAUAGGCUACUGCAGUCGCGUGCUUGCACAAUUCAACUUUCACCUACUUUCAUCUCUUCAAGCUCGUCGACUGCUUGACAACUACAAUAAGGAAGAACAUAUUCAGUUUAAACACAUCUGUUUCCUCCAUCAUGGAUAAAGCAAUGCAAUAACUAAGGUAAUGCUGCGGUGUCUUGUUAGCAGGUGCCUUUUGACCAAUCCCGUCGCAGGUCAGACAAGAAAGCUGUCAGGAGGCAGUCUUGCUGGGUCUCAAAGCAGUCUUGCAGGGAAGGUUGCCAUAGUCACUGCCUCCACAGAUGGAAUCGGUUUGGCUGCAGCCCAGGCUCUGGGACAGAGAGGGGCUCGCGUCGUGGUGAGUAGCAGACGGCAAUCAAACGUCGACAAGGCCGUGGCACUACUGCAGAGUGAGAAGAUACAAGUGACCGGGACGACUUGCAAUGUUGGGAAUAGUGAAGACAGAGCUAGACUUGUUAACAUGACAGUGGAACAGUGUGGUGGUGUGGACAUCUUCGUUUCGAACGCUGCAGUCAACCCUUUCUUUGGGAACAUUAUGGACUCGACCGAAGCAGUCUGGGAUAAGAUCCUGGAUGUGAAUGUAAAGUCGGCCUUUCUUAUGACCCAACUGGUGGUGCCGCAUAUGGAGAAGAGGGGGGGUGGGAGUGUUGUGUUUGUGUCCUCUGUCGCUGGGUACCAGCCUAUGCAAGCACUGGGCCCUUACAGCGUGAGUAAGACAGCUCUAUUGGGACUAACCAGAGCCAUGGCCCCUGAACUGGCCCAGAGCCACAUCUGGGUCAACUGUGUGGCCCCUGGUGUCAUUAAGACCCCCUUCAGCCAAGCAGUGAGGACCCCCUCCCUUUCUAUUCUGUUAUAUUUACCUGUGUACCCUUUUCACUUCACCUACCCUCCUUACCCCUCACUGCGCUUCCUGUCACACCUUUAUCCUUUGUUUCCCUCUGUAAUUCAUACAGAGAAGGGAGUUUUGACGAUUCUGUGUUCUCAGUUGUGGCAGGACGAAGACGUUGUGGACGAGUUCAAGAAGCAGCUUAGCAUUAAAAGGUUUGGAAAGCCAGAGGAGAUCGGUGGAGUAAUCGCCUUCCUGUGCUCUAAGGACGCGUCUUACAUCACUGGAGAGACAAUCACUGUGACUGGAGGGAUGAGCUGCAGACUGUGAGGCUGAUUGACUGGAAAGUGUUAAUAGAAUCUGGCAACACUGACUCAACGGAAACAAUGCUUUUGUAAUAUAAUGGACUGUAAGACAGGAAGAUUCACUAUACAUUUCAGUCAUUUCUUUCUCUCAAAAUCAAAUGACACGAAGCCAGGAAGCGAUGGGGAAGUGGACAGUCGCCACCACUGAUAUUCUUUCUGGGUAUGUUUUCCAGUGGGCACUAUACAGUGCAGUCAGUUAACAAAUAAACGGCAUGUUUUUUUGCUAAGCUUUUAAAGCUCCGUCACCGCACAUUGUAAGCAUUUUAGCUCACAAGCAGCGGCCAAACUCAGGCCAGUUUAUACCUAUAUUGCCUUAAAAAGGACUAGACUCCUA